CCCGCUCGCGUAUCCCCAUAAUUAUAUCCUAAGAUAUAAUAUUGACGGCUGUGCGGUCCUCGUGGCCUCCUAAAUAACUGAUACAACUUGCUAUCUUUUUCUUCGCCACCCAAUCUGCAGCUCUGCAAAAGUCUGCGCGAUGAAUCCAGUUGUGCAGGACGAACAUGAGUCCGAUGUUAAUGUUGGACUAAAUAAUGUUGUUGCCAAGGAGAUAUAUUUGGUGACAGAAAAUAAAGAUCAGGAAAACAAUGGACAAGCUGCACAAUCUAGCCCCGCAGAGAAGCCGAAGUUUCAACUAUGGCCAACAAUAAAGAAACAAGGACCUCUUCCUGGCCGGAAUCCAGUGGAGGUCGCACGACCACGCCUAUUAGCAAGUAGUCAUUCAAGCCCGUCUCUCCGAGAUAGCGGUCUGCUCGUCACAAGCAGAAAGAUUAAGCAGCUGAAGGAGGCUUCUGGAGUCAGGCGUCGCAAGAUCAGUUUCCCGGACCUGGGCUUCGGGCCUAUGACCACAGUGCAAGAGCAUUAUGUAGAUUCUCCCACGGUUCCAGGGAGAUUUCCUGCUCACGAAAGAUCAAACAGUGCUCCAUCGUGGGGAAGGACUCCUUUUGAGGAGAGUAUGCUUGAACCUAUUGCCGAACCCGUGGUGUUGACAUCUGAGCAAGAUGGCUCAUCAGUGCGGGAUCAUGUCCGUCAAGCAGAAGUUCAGGAGUCUGUACAGAAAGGUCCACCUGGUUCAAAAGAUUCGAAUCCUGAGAAGCAGGAUACUCGAUCCGAUAUACCUCCAGCUGUUCCUCCGAAGUCUCCACGGAUCGUGCGGACUCCACCGUUGACUCAAGCUCCAACGUCCAAAUUCAGUCCACCGUCACCUAAAGGGCAGACGGCUUCACAAGUGCAUAGGCCUCCCUCAAGCCGAGGUGCAACGCCAGUAAAUUCUUCGUCAGUGCCGUCGUCCCCAAGGCAUAUCACAGAUCAAGUCCAGAGAUCGCAAUCCCGACGAAGGGCAGGCAGCGCUGUGGAACGUCAGCGUUCGCCAAUUGGCCGCAAACCUUCGCGCAGCAUUGACACCGUUUACCGUCACAAAAGAGAAGAGAGUGGAGGAUUACCUGGGCUCAUGGGAACCAUCACAGAACUAAGUAAUGUGGCCCGAAACGAGUAUAUUCGAGAGCUUUCACAGACUCCAAUCAUGGAACGUGGUAGACCGCCAACGAACAAUGGGUUUGUCGAAAGAAAAGCCAGCAAGCGUCGUCGACCUUCUGAGGAUCAAGGGUCAUCAUCAAAUCUCCCAUUGGGUGUUGCCCCUCCGGAGGCCUUUAGAGUCCUCUCACCAACAGAAGUUGAGAGACUGCAAGAGCAAGCUCGCGGACAGGCGAAAAAGUUCGAAGUACUGAAAUACAGUGAUGUGAAGGCACUUUCACAGGAGCUGAGGGCGCUUGACGAACGCUGCGAUUAUCUUCGAAGCACACACAACUCACUGCGCGCUGGACGCCGCAGCCUGCACGAGAGGAUGAUCAGCUAUCUUAAAUCACCUAGUUUAUCAAAGUAUAGCAUGGAUAGCAUGCUGAAGCAGGAGGAAGCACUUGCUUCGCUGGACCAGGCUAUUGACGAAUGGGUCGCAAAGUUGGACUUCGCGGAGAAUCGACGGACCCGUAUUAGACAGAAAUUGCUCGAACAUAUGGCUGCAGCUCUUUUGGUGCAACGGACGAAUCCCGAGCCCCAGAAAUUUCAGGAGAGUCCUCCACCAAGCCCAGAUGAGAUAGAGACUCAGUUGGGAGUGAGUCGCAAGGAUGUUCACUCUAUCAAGAUCUAUGCGGACGAGAUGGUAUAUGCUGACGCGAAGGUAUAUGCGCUUUUUGAAGACAUUGAAAAGGAGAUGGAGCUUAUGACCGAGGCAAGGAAUGCAAGUUCCGCUCGAAAGGAUGCCCUCUGACCUUAUGGAUUUCAAUAUUUCCUGCUCUUGUGGUAUUAGCGUUUCAUAUAUCUUUGUCUGAUUGUCGGGAAGGCGUCUGCUCUUAUUUCUGUCGAGCAGGGCAGUUUACCUCUUAGACCCACCUAUACAGAUUAUUCUUCUGUUGAUUCUUCUUUCGAUUCUUCUCAAUCCUGUUCAACAUUUCCGGAGUGACCAGACUGUUGUAUAUAAACUUCAUGCAAGUUCC